GGUAAUAACACCUCGGAUAACGUAAACAACAUGGCGUUUCCGAGAGACUACGAAAUUUAAUGGAAUAUCUUUGCAACAAACAUCUACUAACUACAGGAUAAGUAUUGUACACUUCAGUGUACAGGAUCAGUAUAACAACGGCAGUCGUCCUAAAACUGAAUGUCGAUCACAACAGCUAGCUGGCUAGUUAGCUAAAAACAGAGUGGCUACAGUGACAAGUUGAGACAACAUCUGGAGAAAACGGCAAGACCACUUAGCUACUCCAAAUAAACACGGCUCUCGGUCUAUGGGCUCUCGGUCCAGUUCUGGGAUGUCUGGUCGGGGCUCUAGCGGCAACCCAGACGAGUCAGAAGUUCAGAACAGCCAGGACAGCAGCCAGCGUGGCCGCAGGUUGAUACCGAGGCAAGCGGACAGACAGCAGGCAUCAGAAGAGGACGUAGACUUAGCUCAAGUGCUGGCUUACUUACUGAGGAGGGGCCAGGUCCGGCUGGUCCAUGGAGGCGGGGCGACAGGGCUACAGCUCGUCCAAUCAUAUCCUGACUCUGACGAUGACAGUGAUGGGGCCUGGGAGGGGCGCCUAGGAGGCCGCUACAAUCCCCCGGUGGACGCCCACCCUGACACUCAGGAUGUGGACCGGAGUGAAAUUCGGACUCAGAUCCUUCUCGCCACUGGCUCGUCAGGGUCGAAAGGCAGACAGAGCUUCACCCAUAUGCUAAAGGAGAGGGAAAGGGGCCGCUGUCUCGGGUCCAGCUUCUCUCACGGGGAGUGCAGUGGAAUUCGCUCACAUUUCCUGCCCAACCAUGUGGCCUUCAAAGAGACGUACCACCAGAAGGUUUUCUGCGGGGUGUACAGUGAGGAUGGAAACAGGUUCCUGACAGCCUGCCAGGAUCAGAACAUUCGUCUGUAUGACACCAGCAGGGGGCGCUUUGUCCUGAAGAGCACAGUGAAGGCGCGCGAUGUUGGCUGGAGCGUGCUGGAUGUGUGCUUCACCCCAGACUCCCACAGCGUGCUCUACUCCAGCUGGUCCGACUACAUUCAUGUAUGCAGUAUGGAUGGGGAGAGUGAGACACACACCGCUUUGGAUCUCAAUCCGGAUGAGAGGAGAUUCUGUGUCUUCUCUCUGGCGGCGUCCUCAGAUGGGAAAGAGAUCCUGGGAGGGGCGAACGAUGGCUGCCUCUAUGUUUUCGACCGUGAGCAGAACAAGAGAACGCUUAAGAUCGACGCCCACGAAGACGACGUGAACGCCGUGGCCUUCGCCGACAGCUCGUCCCAGCUGCUGUUCUCGGGGAGCGACGACGCCCUGUGCAAGGUGUGGGACAGGCGGACUCUCCGGGAGGACAGGCCCGAGCCCGUGGGACAGCUGGCGGGGCACAGAGACGGCAUCACUUUCAUACACAGCAAGGGUGAUGCACGCUACCUCAUCAGUAACUCCAAGGACCAGUCCAUCAAGCUGUGGGACGUGAGGAAGUUCUCCCCUCGGGAGGGGUUGGCUGCGUCCCGGCUGGCCGUCACGCAGCAGAACUGGGAUUACCGCUGGCAGCAGGUCCCGCAGAGAGCCCUGAAGAGGCACAAGCUGCCGGGGGACACGUCGGUGAUGACGUACCGCGGCCACGGCGUGCUGCACACGCUCAUCCGCUGCCGCUUCUCGCCCGAGUUCAGCACCGGCCAGAGGUUCAUCUACAGCGGCUGCUCCACGGGCAGGGUCAUCAUCUACGACGUGCUGACGGGCAGCGUGGUAUCCAGGCUGUCUGAUCACCAUGCUUGCGUGAGAGACGUCAGCUGGCAUCCCUACCAGAACAACAUCGUCAGCAGCUCCUGGGAUGGAGGAGUCUGGCUGUGGGAACACAGGCACGCCCGUGAGAUGGAUGAGGAGACAAGGGACGAGCAAACAGAGGAAUCGAGUCCCGAAUACGCGGGACUCAGAAACAGAGGGAAGUAAUUACGGGAUAUCCCGCUCCUUACUGCCACCACAGCUGCAGAAGUUGUAAAAUCAGUUCACUUGGGGAAUUUGCAGAAUGAUUGUAAAGCCUUACGCUGCAGUCUUUGCAUAUUCUUUCCAUUUUGUGAAAGCUGUUAUAUUAUAUGGCCUAUAA